AUGAAUUCUCUUAUUCAAUUCCUGGUUCUCCCCUUGCUUUUCUCUGUUUACUACCUCCUACUAUGGAAGCCAAGGAUUACCAAUAGUAGUAAUAGCACUAGUAAUAGAAGUAGGGUUGCACCCGAAGCAGCCGGAGCAUGGCCAAUUAUCGGUCACCUUCAUCUUUUACGUGGUGGUUCCAUGCCUCACAUUACCUUGGGAGCCAUGGCUGAUAAGUAUGGUCCGGCAUUCACCGUUCGACUUGGUGUCCAUCGUGCAUUGGUGGUGAGUAGUUGUGAGGUGGCAAAAGAGUGUUUCACUACAUAUGAUAGAGCUCUCGCCACCCGACCUAAAGCCAUUGCCAUAAAGCUUAUGUGCUAUAACUAUGCCAUGUUUGGAUUUAGCCAUUAUGGAUCAUAUUGGCGUGAAUUGCGUAAGAUAGUUAUGCAAGAGCUUCUCUCAAAUCGCCGUCUAGAGAUGUUGAAGCAUGUCAGAGUCUCAGAGGUUGAAGCUUCCUUAAAAGAAUUAUAUCAAAUGUGGGUGGUAGAAAAAGAUACAGACCCACAUUCCAUGGACGAUGAGAUCCAUGAUCCCAACUCCUCAGCACGCCUAGUUGCUUUGGUGAAUAUGACGAAAUGGGUUGGGGACUUGAUGCUUAAUAUUAUUCUCCGCAGUGCGGUUGGUAAGAGAUAUUCUGAGACUGAUACUUCAUACAAUAUGGAGGAAAAGCUGAAGUGUCGAGAAGCCAUGAGAGAGAUUGUUCAUUUGAUGGGUUCAUUUAUGAUUUCUGAUGCAAUCCCCUUUCUUGAGGGGUUAGACUUGCAGGGCAAAGAAAGAGCAAUGAAGAGGAUGGCCAAGAAAAUAGACUCUAUACUCGAAGGAUGGUUGGAGGAGCAUCGACAAAAGAAAUUAUCUUCUUCAAGCAGCGAUGACAAGGCCAAGGGAGGUGAACAAGACUUUAUGGACGUGAUGAUAUCUAUAAUGAAAGACUCAAAGGUGGAUGAUUAUGAUGAGGAUACAGUCAUCAAGGCGACUUGUUUGAAUAUGAUCCUAGGUGCAAGUGACACUACAACUCUUACACUAAUAUGGGCUCUUUCACUGCUACUCAACAAUCAACAAGCCAUGAAGAGAGCACAAGAUGAGUUGGAUAUGCAUGUAGGUAGGGAAAGACAAGUAAACGAACCAGAUAUCAGAAAAUUGAAAUAUCUCCAAGCCAUUGUCAAGGAAACAUUUCGCUUAUAUCCGGCAGGUUCAUUGUUAGCGCGAGAGGCCAUGGAAGAGUGCACAAUUGCUGGUUAUCAUGUACCAGUAGGCACCCGAAUAUUAACAAAUCUAUGGAAGCUUCAUCGAGAUCCAAGUGUAUGGUCCAAACCUCAUGAGUUUCAGCCAGAGAGGUUUCUCACCAGCCAAGUUGAUGUCAAACUUUCUGGUCAUCAUUUUGAAUUCAUCCCUUUUGGCUCCGGCCGGCGAAUGUGUCCGGGGAUUUCUUUUUCUCUUCAGGUUUUGCACUUGACUUUGGCCCAUUUGCUCCAUGGGUUUGAGUUUGCAACCCCUUCAGGUGCUCCUGUGGAUAUGAUAGAGACCCCAGGGCUAACCAACAUCAAGGCUUCCCCACUUGAAGUUCUCCUUAGCCCACGUCUUCCUUCUAAGCUUUAUGAAUGUUAAGGACGUGUAAGAAUUGUGAU